AUGUCCGCCUCGAUUCCAGAAACCAUGAAAGCCGUUGUCAUUGAAAAUGGCAAGGCUGUAGUCAAACAGGACAUUCCAAUUCCUGAAUUAGAAGAAGGAUUUGUUCUAAUUAAGACUGUCGCCGUUGCCGGUAACCCUACCGAUUGGAAACAUAUUGAUUUCAAGAUUGGUCCUCAAGGUGCCCUCUUAGGCUGUGAUGCAGCCGGCCAAAUCGUAAAGUUGGGCCCAAAUGUUGAUGCUGCACGCUUUGCCAUUGGUGAUUACAUUUAUGGGGUUAUUCACGGUGCUUCAGUGAGGUUCCCCUCAAACGGUGCCUUUGCUGAGUACUCUGCCAUUUCAUCCGAGACUGCUUAUAAACCAGCCAGAGAGUUUAGAUUGUGCGGUAAAGACAAGCUACCAGAAGGCCCCGUAAAAUCUUUAGAAGGGGCAGUAUCCCUCCCAGUCUCAUUGACCACGGCUGGUAUGAUCCUUACACAUAGUUUUGGCUUGGACAUGACAUGGAAGCCCUCCAAAGCGCAAAGAGAUCAACCCAUCUUAUUUUGGGGUGGUGCCACUGCUGUUGGCCAGAUGCUUAUUCAAUUGGCAAAAAAACUAAACGGUUUCAGCAAGAUCAUCGUCGUUGCUUCUCGUAAACAUGAAAAAUUGUUGAAAGAGUACGGUGCAGAUGAACUUUUUGACUACCACGAUGCUGACGUUAUCGAACAGAUAAAAAAGAAGUACAACAACAUUCCUUACUUGGUGGACUGUGUCUCCAACACAGAAACUAUUCAACAGGUGUACAAAUGUGCCGCUGAUGACUUAGACGCUACGGUCGUUCAAUUGACCGUUUUAACCGAAAAAGAUAUCAAGGAGGAAGACAGGAGGCAAAACGUCAGUAUUGAAGGAACCCUUCUAUAUUUGAUAGGAGGUAACGACGUCCCAUUUGGCACGUUUACUUUGCCAGCAGACCCUGAAUACAAGGAAGCCGCCAUAAAAUUUAUUAAGUUCAUCAAUCCAAAAAUCAAUGAUGGUGAAAUCCACCACAUCCCAGUGAAAGUUUACAAGAACGGGUUAGAUGAUAUCCCACAGUUACUUGAUGAUAUUAAGCACGGGAGGAAUUCUGGCGAAAAGUUGGUUGCCGUCUUGAAAUAA